AUGGACAUUGACGAUAUCCUUAGGGAAUUCGAGGAAUCAUCGACAAAUGAGUUGCAAGCAUCUACUUCCAACAUUUGUCAGGAGCUCAUUACUGUGGUGACGAAUGAGAGAAUGGCUCCAGAGCUUCUACCUUACAAGGCAUCUUUGAUGAAUUCAAUCUUGACGCAUAUUUCAAACCAACAACAGUAUUUACUCGAUAGUCAUGAGUAUGGCGAGAUGAAUAGCGCGAAUGGGGUUAUAUCAAGUGAUUUCAAGUUACAGUUGAUGAUUGUUGAAACCGACGUUGAGAGGCUAAGCUACAUUGUUCGAUUGUAUUUGCGUACCAGACUAUCAAAGAUAAACAAGUUUACUAUUUUUUACAUCAAUAAGUCCAAUAGAGAGGAUGAUGGAGGAGGAGAUUUGUUAUCAGCAGAGGAGAAAGAGUAUAUUCACCAGUAUUAUCUGUUGUUGACUCUGUUGUACAACAACUGCUUUCUCAAAAAACUACCGCAAAUAUUAACCUUCUUGGAUGAUAGCAGUGGAGGACAAAACAUGGUCGUUGCUCCAGACCUUGACCAGUUUGUAUUUGUGAAAUGCACAUCCGAAGCACUGAUACUACUUCACUUGGAAGAUGAUGAGUUGGAGUUGGUUAAAAACGGAGUCUACGUAAUUUGA